AUGAUGAUGACAGCCUCACUUCAAACCAACAACUUUGCCCAACGGUGCAACAUGAUGAAUCUUCACGUUCAGGUGAUUCCAGAAGAGCCCCACUCUACUAAUAGUUCUACCCAUACUAAGAAGAUGCACAAGUCCGGAUCCAGAGCUUCCAUUGACAACUUGGUGUUGCGCCGCAUUCAAUCCGAAGCCCUUCACAAGUGGAACCGACCUCAGCAGCAGCAGCAGCAAGAGCCUCAGAAGAACGCCGUCUGGAGUAGCAGUACUGCCAGUACAAAGUCACGUGCUGCCAGUGAUCCCAUGCCCAAACCGCUCCGUCGCAAGGAAAGCUCACGUGGAAGACGAGGCACGGCCAGUGGCAGGAGUUCAGCUCGCACUACUACUUGUACUACAACUAUUACUAGCGAUAGCAGCAAGGAUCAACCCUUGCUGAAGAACCGCGGGAGUCGCCCAUGCCCCACCAAAAAGGCACCGGUCCCUUACAAGGAUAUCCUGCAAGACGACUGUGAGCUUUUGACUCCUAGUAGUGGCAGUGGCAGUCGACCUCGUCCAACCAAAAAGAUCCCUUUCAAGGAUAUACUACAAGAUGAAGACUGCUGUGAGCUUCUCGUGGACAUUGUCCGAAGUCGUUCGGCUGCCUCCUUGUCCCCGUCCAAGCAUGCAGCACGAUGGACGUCAUCCUCAGACGACGACGACAAGUCACCCGUGGCACCACGACCAAGCCGAAAGAGCCGCAGUAAGCGAAUGCCCCGCAAGAUCGCCUCGGAGGAUUGCACCACGGAACGGAGUGCAGUGAAACGAUCCAGCCCCAAACGAGUGCGUAAAUUGUCAUCCUCGUCCUGUCAUUAA